AUGAAUGAAUUAGUGGAACAAGAGGAACAUAUAAAACCUCUUAAUCCUAUUCCGGAAAGCAGCAAUGCAAACGGGUCAUCAAAAAAAUCAGGAAAUGACAAGACGCAAGCAAAUAAACCGACUGGUUGGGAGGAGGAUUUUCAGGAGCCAGAAAUUAGUGUAGAGGAGAAAGCUGAAAUCCAAAAGCUUUAUAAUCUACGAAUGGAACAGUUCGUCCAAAAGUAUAGAAGAAAACGCAAAUGGAAUGACGCAACUCGAGUGCGACUUUUCACAAUGUAUCUUGCUGUGGGAGGUAUCUCGACUGGCCAAAAGCAAUUCACUGGAGGUCUUGAUUUGAAUGAAAGCGAUGAUGCUCAAGCUACUGCAAAUCAAACAGCCAUAGACUACAUUCAACACGAUGUAUUGAAUGACUAUGAAGUGGAUUUUGUUUGGGUAGUAGCAGUUUUUCUAUCUUCCCAUCUUCUUUACAGAGCUGGUGUUACAGAAGAACAUGAUCUAAAGAUGGCUUCUCAAUUAGUACAAAACUUUCUAAACAGUGUUCUUCACCACAAGGUAGUAGCUGAACAUGAAGGCAAUGUUCAAGCAGCGUUAGAUUUGGCAAUUCAGGCUGAAAAGGAGCUAAUCGAUGAUAAGAGGCUUUCCGUUUCUCUUCCAGGACUUCUACAAAGGGCUUUGUCUCAUUUUUUUGUUGAUAAUUAUAAAGGAUUAUGGGACAAUAUUGACGCUUAUGAUCAUUUUACUCCACCAUUAACCACAGAAGAAGGAAGAUAUGAGAAAAAUUUCACCAGAAACCAAAGUUAUCCUCUAUUUGAGUUAAAGGAGUUUCAACCUGACGCCCAUACUCGCUUUUCUACGGAGCAAGCAAGGUCAUACAUACAAAGAGUUUUAGGAUCCAAUGCACUCAAAGCGGAAACUCUGGAUCAAGAAUACUUAAUGGUAGAAUUGGUUUCCAAGGAAUUCAUCCAUGAUUACCAAAACAAUCCCUUAUGCAAAGCCAGGUUCUUAGUUUGGGAUCCUCCCGGAACAAGUUAUCCCCAACAAACCGAGAAGACAGAAGUAAACAUUCUCAUUGAACCAGAGCUAAUGGAACUAAUGGUUCUGAAAACACACCUGGAAGCAUCGUUUACCUUCCUAACUAACGGCAUAACGAUCAUGGAUACGGUUUUAGCGGUUUUACCUACAUUUUAUGAAGAACUUGAAGAAUAA